UCUGAAAAAAUUGUUGUGGGGUGAAGUAUAGAGGAGAAAACCAAAGACUACAUUGGUCAUUAAGAGUGAACGCAUCAAAAAAGUGGGGUUUGGGUUCAGAUCACUUUAUAUUUUUUCUGCUUGGACGUUUUGAAAGUUUCUGCUGGAGUUAAACUGUCAUAAAAAUCCGUCAGAAGGUCACAAGAGAGGACUUUGUGGAUAGAGUUGUGACUUUAGUGGAACGGCUUUUUAGUGGCUAACAGGUCCUCGUUAGCUUGAUUUCUAAAGCUUUUUUUAUAAUAAUCUACUGCCAGCUGUGAGUUCUUCCCAGCUCUGUGCUUGAAGAAGAUAAGCCUUCAUAUAUGAGGAUUGUGUAACCUUGUUUUGUGUCUCUCGUGUGUAAAUGUGUUGUUCUCUGUCCGUCCUGCAGCAGGACAGUAGCCUGAAGAUACAAACACAUAAACACAUUUUCCAGAACAAUCUUCAGUCAGCAUUCCUUCAGCUGUGCCUGUGAGACAGCGAGCAGGGCUGCAGAACCAGCUGCUGUUUGUUUAUGUUUGUGUCUUCAGAUAAUCUGGAAGAAACAGAGCGCUGCAGCCAUGACGUCAAGUGGGAGGAGAAAGUAGCCCUAUCAGGCAGGUGACAGGUGUUCGGUGGGCGGGGCUUACAGCACCACCAGCCUGUUCCACGCUGAUAGAGCUUGAGCCGCGAGGUUCCAGCUGACGUGAGCGGAGCUGCUGUCAGAGUUCUGAGGAGGGUCUACAGGUGGAGGUUCUGUCAGAGUUCUGAGGAGGGUCUGCAGGUGGAGGUUCUGUCAGAGUUCUGAGGAGGGUCUGCAGGUGGAGGUUCUGUCAGAGUUCUGAGGACCUUGCAGCUGGCGGCGGAGCUCCCCGUCGUCACUGAGGUACUGGUGCUGUUGGGUCACAGAGAUGCUGCACUCCGCUGAAGAUGAAGAAGAGGAGAACUCUGCUCUUCAUCUCAAGGACUCCGACCAAUCAGAGGCUUCCGAUCCACACACAGGUCAUGAUGUCAGCUCAGACUCUGCCGAUGAAAUGGGCAUCAAUCUCUCAGAAUUAAACAGUGAGAUAUUACCAUGGCAACGCACCCAGGAGGAGGAGCACGACGAAGAGGAAAUGAACGCUGUGGCGUCGUCGCCUGAUGGGCGGUUCCUGAAGUUCAACAUCGAGAUCGGGAGGGGCUCCUUCAAAACCGUUUACAAAGGGCUGGACACGGAGACCACAGUGGAGGUGGCCUGGUGCGAGCUCCAGACCCACCGGCUGAGCAGGGCCGAGCGUCAGCGUUUCAGCGAGGAGGUGGAGAUGCUCAAAGCGCUUCAGCACCCCAACAUCGUCCGUUUCUUCGAUUCCUGGAAGUCCGCGCUGAAGGGCCACAAAUGCACCAUCCUGGUGACGGAGCUCAUGACGUCUGGAACGCUGAAGAUGUACCUGCGCAGGUUCCGUCAGAUGAAGCUGAAGCUGCUGCAGCGCUGGAGCUUCCAGGUCCUGCGGGGGCUUCACUUCCUGCACUCACGUUCCCCCCCCAUCAUACACCGUGACCUCAAAUGUGACAACAUCUUCAUCACGGGUCCCUCCGCCUCCGUCAAAAUCGGAGACCUGGGCCUGGCAACGCUGAAGAAGGCCUCGUUUGCUAAGAGCGUGAUCGGAACGCCGGAGUUCAUGGCUCCAGAGAUGUACGAGGAGAAGUACGACGAGGCUGUGGACGUGUACGCCUUCGGCAUGUGCAUGCUGGAGAUGGCUACGUCCGAGUAUCCGUACCACGAGUGUCACAGCGCUGCCCAGAUCUACCGCAAGGUCACCAAUGGAAUCAAACCGGACAGUUUCUUCAAAGUGGAAGUUCCAGAACUGAAAGAAAUCAUUGAAGGCUGCAUUCGGACCAGGAGCAGUGAAAGGUUUACAGUCCAGGACCUCUUGGAGCACAGCUUCUUUCAGGAGAACACCGGCGUCCAUGUGGAGCUGGCAGAGGAAGACGACGGCUCCAAGGCGGCGCUGAAGCUGUGGCUCCGGAUGGACGACAAGGAGAAGCUCCGGGGGAAGUAUAAAGACAACGACGCCAUCGAGUUCCUGUACGAACUCUACAAGGAUGUGCCAGAGGAGGUCGCCCAGGAGAUGGUCAUUUUGGGAUUUGUGUUCAAAGCAGACUACAAGGUGAUUGCCAAAGCCAUUCGGCAUCGAGUGACAGCCAUAAAGUAUCAGCGGGAAAAACGGCGCCUCCUGCUGGAGGAAGGAGUGAACAGUCAGAAGCAAACUGACAUCGAGGAAGAGCUUCAUCUUCAUCAACGAGCUGAGCUGUCCAAUCAGACGCUCCCAGUUUCAACAGGAGCCAGAGGAGCGGCCAGUCAGGGGGACUCUGCUGCAUCCACACAAGCUCCGCCCCUGACUGCAACAGCACAAGCUCCGCCCCUGACUGCAUCAGCACAAGCUCCGCCUCUGACUGCAACAGCACAAGCUCCGCCCCUGACUGCAUCAGCACAAGCUCCGCCCCUGACUGCAACAGCACAAGCUCCGCCCCUGACUGCAUCAGCACAAGCUCCGCCCCUGACUGCAUCAGCACAAGCUCCGCCCCUGACUGCAUCAGCACAAGCUCCGCCCCUGACUGCAUCCACACACGCUCCUUCUCUAACUGCAUCGGCACAAGCUCCGCCCCUGACUGCAUCAGCACAAGCUCCGCCCCUGACUGCAUCCACACACGCUCCGCCCCUGACUGCAUCAGCACAAGCUCCGCCCCUGAUUGCAUCCACACACUCUCCUUCCCUAACUGCAUCGGCACAAGCUCCACCCCUGACUGCAUCCACACACGCUCCUUCCCUAACUGCAUCGGCACAAGCUCCGCCCCUGACUGCAUCGGCACAAACUCCGCCCCUGACUGCAUCGGCACAAGCUCCGCCCCUGACUGCAUCAGCACAAGCUCCGCCCCUGACUGCAUCCACACACGCUCCGCCCCUGACUUUAUCAGCACAAGCUCCGCCCCUGACUGCAUCAGCACAAGCUCCGCCCCUGACUGCAUCCACACAAGCUCCGCCCAGCAGCCGGGGGGAUUCCGGGAUCAACACUGUCUCCAGCAGAGCUGAUGGCGACACCGAGGAGGACGGUGCGAUCCGACUAGUCUCCCACCCCCCCACUGCCUCAGACCAUGUGAUUGAAACCACGCCUCUUCUUGUUCCUAACCCCACUCCUCCAUCAGUACCUCCACAGACGGAGGUUCCUUCUGUUUUGACCCGCACAGCUUCCAAAGCUCCGCCCUUUCCCAUACUACGCUUUCCUAAAAGCAUUGCUGUGUCCCAGGCUGCAGUAAAGCCCCCCCCUGAGCCCUCCUAUGAUUUCUCUUCACCUGUCGACAGCUGCUCUUCUGACUUCACCUCGGGCUUGAGUGAUGGCAAUGACGGCCAAUCAGAGAGGAGCAGGAUGGAGGCAACGAUGAGGGAAGCAACCAAACAGUUUAGAAGGAGAGCCAGAGCUCGUCUCCGAAUCAUAGGGGUGUCUGACAAGGUGGACCGAGUGGUGGAGUGUCAGCUGCAGACUCACAACAACAAGAUGGUCACGUUUAAGUUUGACCUGGAUGGAGACAAUCCCGAGGACAUCGCAUCUGUGAUGAUUCACAGAGAUUUUAUCUUACCGUCUGAGCGAGAAGGAUUUAUCCUCCGCAUGUAUGACAUCAUCCAGAGGGCGGAGUCUAUGAUACACCAGCAUCAUCCUGCAGUCUUGUACCAGCCUUCUCAGCUGAUGACCUCUGCUCCCCAGUCAAACUGCCUCUGCUUUCAACCUUUUCAGCCAAAGUCAGCAGUGACUAACCUGUCCAGGACUUUGUCUUCCUCCUCCUUACCUGACAUAGAUGAAAGUGACACCACCCCCUCAAAGGCAAUUGACUUCAGCAUUGACCCUGAUGCUGUUCCCCCCGUGAGGCCGUUGAGGUCACAGUCCUUCCAGACGUCAUCAGCCUCUUCCUAUGAGCCCCCCCUUUACCCUUACCAUUACCCCCAUCCUGAAUCUACCACUCCCCCCCUCUCUCAGAAUCUGCUUCCUUCUCAUCUUUACUCCACCUAUACAGCCUCUUUCUCCACGCCCAGCUCCGCCCCCCAGAUUCCACGAGUCCACAGCAACCCCUCCCUCUUUACCUCCACACCAUCAUCUUUAGCCCCUCCCUCUCCUAGGUGGCCACCCCCUGACCAGCCUCUCUUCUCUUUGGCCAAUGUACUGUCUGUGGCCAUGAGUGUGGCCCACAGCCUCAUGCCCCCACCCGGACAUCCGAGUCAAGGCUUUCAACACCAGGCUCCUCCCCCGCCUUUCCCCCAGUCCACGUUCUCACCCCCCAUGUCUCCAUCUCUAAAACGGAACCUUCAGACUUUGACAAACACCUCCACCGCUGAACCCCACCAACCCCCCCAGGCCUAUCACACAGGCUUGGAGCCAGAAGUCCAAAAGACAGUGAUGGACGGCGGAGCUGCAGAUCAGUGUCCCGGUCCUGCCCGACCACGGCUCGGCUCGGCUCCCUCCUCCCAGGGUUCAGAGACCUCCGUUCUUCCCCGUCAGGCCAGCCUCUCAAAUCCCAGAGGAGAGUUUUCAGAUUCCUCCACCUCGUCCUCAGCCUCCCCUCCUCCCCCAUCGGGUUUCUACCCCAAAGUGUCCCCCCCAGUGUCCCCAUCACGCUCCAUCUCUCCUACGUUGAAAGCGGGGAAAACAGCCUUCACUGUGGGCCGCUUCCAGGUGACCCCAUCAACACCCGUUUCUGCUGUCAGUCAUCAUCAGCCACGCCCCUUUAGUGAUGCUUCACCCAUCGCUCACUCCCCCCCUCCUACUCAGAAGAACCAAUCAGAGAGCAGCUCAAGAAGCAGUUCAGAAGAAGACAGCCAAUCAGAAAUCAGCAACCACACAGUCAUCAAUACAACAUAUGGUUACCGUGACAACCCCACCAGUCAAGACGAGAAGUGCAUGAGCAGUCUUAAACUGGGAAUGACUAUGUGGGAGGGGCCAGCCAACAGCCAAUCACGUAGCCGUUCUGCUACUUACAGCUCUGACGAAUCAGAGGGUGAGGAGAUGUGGGAGGAGCUACUGGAGCUUCGUAAAAGACACUUGGUGGAGGUCCAGAAUCUACAGAUGAGUCAAAAACAAGAAAUGGAGGAGUUGUACAGACGGAAGGGUAAAGCCCUACCACCUGGGAUCGUCCCUCCAGCCGCCAUGCUGAACCACCGCCAACGCCGCCUCUCCAAGACAGGAAACUAUCCUCUGGCACGCCGAAGCAGCCUCCAGAGACUAGAUCUGCCGCCCCCUGCAGGGAUCAUGAGGAAGGGCUCGGUCAGCGGUAGCAGUAGUGGAUCUCAAGACCGGAUCCUGAAAGGAGUGACGUUUGCUCCUGGUCACAGCUGCAUGUGACAGAGGAGGUGCUUAGAAGGUAAAGAUGGUCCCAUCAGAUGAAGAUGAGGAGUUCAGACAUUGACCUGAGAUCGCCGUCAGUUGGAAUCAACUUGAAGCGGCAGAACAACCGGACUGUGGUCAAAUCUGCUCCUCCUCCUGCGUCAGCGGUGCAACCUCCUGGCUGCAGGUAGAGGCGUGGUCCGUUGGGGUGAGAUGCCUCAGACUCGGAGGCGUUUGUGGAUUUCCACAUCUGCGUGGGAACAAAGCCCAGAAACGUUCAGGUCCUCCUAAAUAACCCUGAGGCAGCGGCUGAAGGAGGAGCAUCACUGUAAAGUUCAGGCGGGACUUUGGAUUUUUGGUAUUAUUGUUUUCCAAGGUUCUUGUGUGACGUUCUGUCGUUCUUCUGCAGUGAUUUCUGUUAAAAAUAAAGAUCUUUGUGUUUUAAUCUGAA